GUUAACAACAAAUCGCCAGCGGGGCUCAAAGUAAAACGUAAACCCUUAAACAGCGCGCGCGAAUUUCGUAAAUCCUUGCAACAUCGCAGGUGUGAAAAAUUAAAUAAUUAAACAACAAAUGGUCGCAAAAGUUAAAUAGUGUUUAAGUGUAUUUGUCUCUGUUGAUUGAAUCUGCAAAUUCUGGCCUUAAAUCCGCACCAUCGGGCAUAUCGUUGGCUAUCAUUAACGCGGCUGUGUGAAAAAGUCACUUUUUCGGCGUCAAUGUCGAGGACAAGCGAGUGGAUCAAGCCAUUAAUAUAAUUUCUUUAUAAUUUUCAAAAAGUUCACACAAACCAAAUCGGUCCAAAGAUGGCAGAUAAUGCGGGAUUUACCCCAUCGGCGCCGGGCGAGAACCCUCCCUCGUACUCAAGCUCAGUGGCCACAUUGAAUGACUUCAACUCGAAAUCCAACUUGACAGAGAAGAACCAACAGUCCCUAUCGGAGGAUCCCUACGAUCCCUUCGACCACCGCGAUCCUAAUGGAGCCAGUGCUGGCGGCGCCUUGUCGCACUUGCUCAAGAGUUCCCUGGGCACGGGAAUCCUGGCCAUGCCAAUGGCCUUUCACAACGCCGGUUUGGCUUUCGGCAUGGCCAUGACGCUGAUCGUCGGAUUCCUCUGCACCCACUGCGUACAUAUAUUGGUAAAAACUUCCCAUAACAUUUGCCGGGAUGCUAAGGUGACAUCUUUAGGAUUUGCUGAAACGGCCGAGAAGGUCUUCGAGUAUGGGCCAAAGGGAAUGCGUCCGUACUCAAACUUUGCCAAGCAAUUCGUGGAUAUCGGCCUGAUGGCCACAUACUACGCCGCUGCUUGUGUGUACAUCGUAUUCAUUGCGACAUCUUUCCACGAUGUCAUUAACUACGAUUGCGGCAUCAACUGGGAUGUGCGUAUUUACAUUGCCAUUACCGUGAUUCCCUGUCUGCUGAUCGGUCAGAUCCGGGACCUAAAAUGGCUGGUGCCGUUCUCCAUGAUGGCCAACGUCUUCAUUGUUGUGACUUUUGCGAUAACUCUGUACUACAUGUUUGACGAACCGCUGGUCUACUCCGAUAAACCACUGAUCGCAAAGGCUGCCAACAUUCCGCUCUUCUUCGCCACCGUAAUCUUCGCCAUGGAGGGAAUUGGUGUUGUGAUGCCCGUGGAGAACUCGAUGAAGAAGCCACAGCACUUCCUGGGAUGUCCCGGUGUCCUUAACACGGCUAUGAUCACUGUGGUCUCGCUCUAUGCCGUCAUCGGAUUCUUCGGCUACGUGAGAUUUGGCGACGAGGUCCGAGGCAGCAUCACCCUGAAUCUACCAGAGGGAGCCUGGCUGGGAGAUACUGCGAAGCUCCUGAUGGCAGUGGCCAUCCUCUUCACCUUUGGGCUGCAGUUCUAUGUGCCCAAUGAAAUUCUCUGGCGCAAGAUCAACCACAAGUUCAAGCCCGAAAAGCAUAACAUUACACAGAUCCUGCUGCGCAGUGGCAUUAUCCUGCUGAGCGGUGGUGUGGCUGCUGCCAUCCCCAACCUGGAACCCUUCAUCAGUUUGGUGGGAGCUGUGUUCUUCUCGCUGCUGGGCAUCUUUGUGCCCAGUUUCGUGGAGACCGUUUACCUGUGGCCCGAUCGCCUGGGCGUGUGCAAGUGGAAGCUGGCAAAGAACAUCUUCCUGGGUGUCUUCUCCAUUCUGGCUCUGGUUGCGGGCGCCGUCGCCAGCAUCAACGAGAUCAUCGAAAUGUAUAGCGGCGACGAUUAAGGUUUCCAGCUGUUCACCCUUAAACCAGACACGUAGUAUUACACUAGAUGCAGGUAGCUUCCCCCAAGGGAAGCGACAUGAAAGACGAGUAUGAGUUCAAAAAGCAGGCAAAGCCGACAUUCACUUCAGACCCAACUUACGGCCAUGUUGAACAUGGUCAGGCGGCUCGGAUGCCCAUAUGCCGAUGCCGUUGACUGCAUGAACAAGAUGAUAUUAAGUUUAAGUGCCUGUUACACAAACUAAGCUGAAAUUCAUAGAAUUUAUAAAUGUUAUUAUGUUAAGUUGCUCAGCAUUCCAAACUAUAAAGAGAACAGAACGAAAAGACAA